AUGGAAGCGGACUUCAUCACUCUCCCCGCGGCCCCUCAGUCCCCUCAACCCCCUCAACCCCAGAGGAAGAGGCCCCGGUCUCGCUGUUCCCCCGGCCCGGGGAAGGAGCUCCUGAAGCGGACACAGCACGCGGAGAGAGUCGCUGUUCUGGGAGAAGAGGACGCGUCCGUGAAACUUCUGGAGGAACUGGUGUUUGGAGAGACCCGAGAGGAGCGGCUGGAUCCUGAGGCUGUGCUGCGAUUGGACGACAGUAGCGAGGCAGAGGAUGAUGAAGUGGAGACUAGAGCGGAGCAGGAGGAGGUGGUGCCAAUCAAACAGCCUGCCUGGAUUGACCCGGAUGACAUCACCGAGGAGCAAGUGGACGUGACGCACAGAUUCCGUAAAGAUUUCGUCAAAGGAGGAGAAAAGUCACUGAGUAAAUCUGGACUCCAGCAGCGAAUGAGAGACCGAUUCCAGAGGGCAAUGGGCGGGACUCCGGCCUGGGCUCAGAUCGACCCAAAACAAACCCAGAAGAAGAAGCAAGAGGAAGAGUCAGACUCUGAUGAAGACGAAGAUCUGACCAGACGAACCGGAACCUUCACCAGGACCUCAGAGAGCCUGCCCAAAGGCAUCCUCAAGAUGAAGAAGUGCCUGAACGCCAAUGCCGCUCGUCCGUCCUCUGAUUCACUCACGUCGGUGCAGUUCCAUCCCAACGCCCAGGUCGUCAUGACAACAGGGAUUGACCAAUCGCUGUCUCUGUUCCAGGUGGACGGUGAGACCAACCCCCUCAUCCAGAGUGUCUUCUUGGAGCGCUUCCCUGUGUGUCGAGCUCGCUUCUCCGCAGAUGGACUCACUGUGAUGGCCACAAGCUUCAGGAACAAACUCUUCUACCUCUACCACAUGAUGGAAGGCAAGGUUACACCGGUGUCCACAGUUAGAGGUCUGAACGAGGCACGUGUGAAGGAGUUCUGCGUGUGUCCUGUAGGGGACGCUGUGGUGCUGUCAGGAACCAGAGGAUACCUGCACUUGCUGUCACUCAAGACGAACGAGGUGGUGCGCAGUUUGAAGCUGAACGGAGACGUGAGCUCUGUGUGUGUGUCCCCUACAGGUGACAGGGUGUACUGCAGCUCAGAGGAAGGGGAGGUGUACCUGUGGGAUCUUCGUUCUGCUCGAUGUCUGAGCAGAUUCACAGACAACGGUUGUGUGAAAUCCACCUCCAUUGCGGUUUCUCCAAACGGCCAAUACCUCGCAUGUGGGUCUCAGUCCGGUGUGGUGAACAUGUACUCUCUGGACUCUUCUUCUGAACCAACACUCCUGAAGUCAGUCAUGAACCUGGUGACGGCCGCCACCUGCCUGAGCUUCAACCCCAGCUCCGAGCUGCUGUUCCUGGGUUCCCGCGCCGAGGAUGAGGCCUCAAGGAUGCUCCAUGUCCCGUCUCUUACAGUCUUCUCCAACUUCCCGGUAUCAAGGAGGAAAAUCUGCCACAAAGUUCAGGAUGCUGCCUUCUCCCCCCACAGCGGCUUCUUCUGCCUAGCAACAAACAAAGGCCAUGCCCCUCUGUACAGGCUUCUGCAUUAUAAAGACUUUUAA